GUGAUACAGGGAGGAAAGGCGGCUAGCUCGAGUAAAUAGGCGGAGCGCGUUUUUUCAGCAGGUGUUGUUAUGCCUGGUCAUAUCAAAAAUACGGCCCUACUGUCUAUCUUUUGGAACUGGAUUUUAUAUAGGAGAUGUGUGACAAACCUUUCUUUUAUAACCCCGAUAUCGAUACGAAAAUUGCCGGUUUAUAUGAUCUACAACAUACAAUUGGACGAGGACAUUAUGCUGUUGUGAAACAAGCACGCCAUGUAUUUACUGGUGAGAAAGUUGCAGUGAAAGUAAUCGACAAGACCAAACUAGACAAUGUUUCACGAGAUCAUUUGUUUCAGGAAGUUGUAUGCAUGAAACUUGUUCAGCAUCCAAAUGUGGUUAGAUUAUAUGAAGUUAUUGACACGCCAACUAAAUUGUAUCUCGUUCUUGAGUUAGGUGACGGAGGAGACCUAUAUGAUUACAUAACAAGUCAUGGCGAUGGUCUAAGUGAAAAAGUUGCAAAACGGUAUUUUCGCCAAAUAGUAACUGCCAUUGCUUAUUGCCACAAGUUAAGAGUGGUUCAUCGAGAUCUAAAACCAGAGAAUGUAGUUUUUUUCGAGAAACUGGGUUUGGUUAAGUUAACAGAUUUUGGAUUCAGUAAUAAAUUUAUUCCUGGCACUAAUUUAGACACAGCUUGCGGCUCGUUAGCUUACUCAGCUCCGGAGAUAUUGCUUGGUGACUCAUACGAUGCUCCAAAAGUGGAUAUUUGGUCCUUAGGUGUGAUAUUAUAUAUGCUUGUCAGCGGAAAUUUGCCUUUUCAAGAAACAAAUGAUAGUGAAACGUUAACGAAGAUCAUGGAUUGUGAUUAUUCCAUGCCUUCACAUUUAUCACCAGACUGUAAACGGCUUAUUUCUCGUCUACUAAUACGUGAUCCACAAAAGCGUGCUCAUCUUGAUGAUAUCCUACAAGAUGACUGGCUAAAGCUAGAUGGUAAUGACUUACCUAUUGAGCUGUUUUCUGUCCCCUUGAUAUCUCGUGAACAUCUUUCAUUUGAAGACCAUAUGGAGAUUCUAUCCAAAAUGGCUGAGGGUGAACUGGCGUCUGUUGAUGAAAUACAGUCUACUUUAGAUCGUAAUGAAUACAACCACAUAGCUGCUACAUACUACUUACUUGCGGAGCGCAAACUGAAACGUAACUACAUAGAAGAAUAUAAACGGUUAGCAAGCCAGUCUCAACUAAUUGAAAAACGAAAACAAGAACAACAAAAAUGUAUCAACUGUGUGUUUGGACUAUCUGAAAAUGCAAAACAAGUGCAGAAUGUUGAAAACAAUAUAACCCCUAAAUCUUUGGUAAAUAGUGUGAUGGGUUCAAGUACUGCGACACCAACUUCACGCAUUUUAAGUUCUUUAGGCUCAUCAAAUGUAGAGGAUCGUGUCAGGCGUUUCAGUAUGAUUUUAGAAGAUGAAGAAGAAGAGGAAGAAAGUAAAGGGUCUCCAAUAGCAUCUACUUCAUUCGACAGGUAUAUUGCAAGUAUAAAUGAGUCAGCGAAAAUGGUCAAUGAUUCAGAUGCCUUACACCCCUGUUUCGCUGAUACGUCUGAAGAGGCAAUGCUAGAAGAAGAGGAAGAAGAACUUGCUACUGUUGCUGGUUUGGCAUGCGUUCGUUCUGAACUUUUAACUGAUCAAAUGGUUAAUCAUGUAUUAAGUAUAUCCGAAUCAGAAUUCACAUCAAAUGUCCAUGGAAAUGUGGUUUCAACUCGUCCUUGUUCUAGAACAAGUGGUUCUGCAGUUGGAGCAUCUGAUGGCGCUGAGUCAGAUGUUUCUCUUAGUCCCUGGAAUGCAAAUGGGACGGGUUUUGUAAGUUCUUUGAAUCGAGUUACAUCCACCACUCGUUCUCUUCCACCUGUUGAAACUCGAAGAAAGAAUACCUAUAGACGAGGACUUAUAUCGCACCGUCCACUUACUACAGUGAAGAGCAGUCCGCAGCUUCUGAAACAUUCUGCUGAAGAAGAUUGGAACAUUCAUACCUCAAUAGAAACCAAUAAUUCCCUCCACAUGGAUAAACGCAGAAAGAAAUUAGGAGAAUGUUUUAUACAAAACCCGGCUUUCUAUACUACAGCUGAAGAUAGUUUAGGAAUCCGAUCUUUGCGUAGUUCGUAUAACUUGUACCGUAGUAUCAAAUAUGUCGACGAUCAGUUGAUUGGCCUGAGACCUACAAGUUUUUACACGACUGCAACCCAACAAACAUAUUCUGGAGCUCAUAGUCCAGCGUGGACACGAAGGUUUUUGAAUACACCUGCAUCGUCGUCUCGUCCAGCAAGUAUCGGGAGCUGGAAUGCUGUUCUCAACAUGAGUUUAGUGAGUGAUCAGCGCCGCCCAUCAUUCUGUUCAUCUCCUGUUGAGCCACAAAUAGGCACCAUCAAUCGAAGAAAGGUUCUUUAUUCAAAUCACAGCCAAGGCCCAUAUGUUUUCAACAAGUGGAUUAAUCCCGACCGAAGAUGCAGUGGACCUCCAGGUUUAUUGUUAGCAGUCUCAGGAUUGUAUUAUCCAGGUUCAGGUGUUACGUUACCCAGUCGCUCAGACUCAGAUACCUCAUUUCUAGAACAGCAUGACACUAGUCAUUUACCCCCUAACUUGGACCACUCUUUUUCUCCAGAAGAGCCUUCAGAUGAAUCUUACACGCAAAAUGGGACUAAGUGUUCAGGUACAAUUACCGAAAUAAGUGAUAUCAUUAAGAAUAACCAUCGCAGUAUUUUACCGUCAAUCUCUGGAGUAAAUAAAAGAGGUUCUACUAGAUCUCCGCAUCGCACUCUUAGCAAUUCUCGUAAAACUGCUAGUUGGUGUAGUUCCGCACCUAUAUUGUGCGAAACAUCUGAACAGCCCCAUUUAACUUAUGUACCAUCAAAUAGUAUUGGGCUGACCACUUUAUCACUUGAAAGUAACUCUCAGUUGGGUGGUUCGAAUACGGUUCGAGAACAUUGCACUCCGAUACGUGAAGAAGAUGACGAAGUAAUACGCUCUGGAGAAUCUACUUUUAAGACACCUAAUCUAUUAUUUGGGUUGAAUCACCGAAGGAAGUCUGAAUCGUCAAGUAUGCAUACAAGUUCAACUCUUUUCACGACAUCCAAUAUUACCCGUGGUGGAUUCGCAACUUUGGCUGAAUCAGAGUCAACUUCAACCAUUAGUCAGUUACCCAACAUAAGUGCUCAGCGAAACGAUGCUUUACAAAAUGGUGGCAGUUCACAAUGUACUACAUCCAAUUUCUCACUUAGCUCUCUCGCAACAAGUUUGCGAGAUUCACGCUACAUGAUCGACAUUAUACGUGGAACAUUUGAAUUACAAUGUCAGUAUAACCGUAGAUUUACUAAUUCCAUUGCUGGAGUUAGCAGUUGUGAAUAUAAUUCUAGCCGAGCUAGUACCUCAACAUCUGUUCGUAGCCUCACUGCUAUAUCAGAAAAUUUCCCUAUCAACAAUCAACUAAAAGAAGAUUUUCCUUUACAAGAUUCACAAAGACUCCCCCUUCAUCAUCGUGAUUUACUCCAUCCAUUGGAAUCCACCUUAAAAGCUUCUACAAAAAACAAUAUUUUACAGAAUUCCAAUAUGGUCAAAAAUUCUAUGAAUAGUUGUUUGAAUCGUGAUUUUCUUGUUACAGGUUCAUCUCAGAAAAGUAGAAUGAGUUUACCAGCUAGUAUAAGUGGCAUUACAAACCCAGAUGUUGUCUGUUCAGUGAGUCCUGUUUUAGAAUCGAAUGAAAACAAUUUUCCCUCCUCUCUUUCUCUUGAGCAUAGUUCACCUGUAAGAUUUGACAAUCUGCUUACUCAUAACCAUAGGAAUGGGUCUUGUAAAUCUGUUAGUCAAUCUACAACUUCAUUUAAACGUCCUUCACAUUUGUCUUCAAGACGAGAAUCUUUUAAGAAGUCGAACAUCAGCUGUCUUCCUGAUCAUGGUUGUAGUAUAGUUGAAAACAUGAAUUCAGAAACCCAUAAUAAUAGUAAUAAUAAUAAUAACAUCAGUCAUUAUUCUGAGUUGUCAAGUGAAUCCGUUAACCAAUGGACUCAUAAAUCAAAUACGCCAAAUCAUAAACAAGUAUCAUCGUUUAUACUAAGCAAACAUAGAGCUAGAUUAGCAUGUUGCUCAGUUUCGUGAUAAUUACUUUGAUUUUGUCUUCCAUUAUUUACAUAUAUUUUGUAUAAAUAAUUUUCUGUUAGUUUUUAGAAUCAUUUGUUUAAGUCACCAUUGUGUUUUCUCUCUUUAUUUUGUCUCUUCUUUCUCUCUUACCCCUGUUCAUGAUCAUAAAAUGAGAUAUUAUUAACGUUUUUAUGGUAUUUAUUUCAGUUCAUAGUUCUGCUUUGUUUCACUUUCCUGUAUGCGCUUAAGUAGGUAUUACAUAUAUACUCUGUUUCAUUUUCUCUAUAUAUCUAGUCCAUUGUUCUUUUUGUUGACUAAGCAGCUUAAUUACUACAGUAAUCUUACCCUUAACAUUAUUACUGAUUAGUGUUUAUGUUACUAAGAUCAUUCUCUUGCCUAUACUCCAUCUACUACUACCAGCUAGUCGUACAUUGUUUACUCGCACAUUUCUAAUCAGAUAUAUUUGAUCAUUCAUAUUUUAGAAAAAAAAAAAACUGACUAUUUUGACUAUACACUUUUUAUCUUUCUAUCUUAUAUUGAUAUUCUAAAUUGUUUGGGUAUUAUGAUUUUAUUAUAUUUGAUUAAAACAAAAUUAACCAGUGUCUGUAUUUUUGAUCUUGGCUUCUUAUACUCUGCUUACAAAAUUAUAACAAGUAGAUAAGUGUAUAAAUACUCAUUCUAUUUUAAGAAGAAGAAGAAAAAGAUUUUCUUUAUCUUAUUUUUGUUUUCGAAACUUUUACUUAAAAGUAUGUUGUGGUAUCUGUGCAUGGAUCAUUGAUAUUCUUGAGACUAAUAAUAAUAAUAAUAGUAAUAAUCAAACAUUCAAUUAUACUCUAUAUCUAUGUGUAUAGAUACACUAUUCUACAUACUGUCAAACACACUUUCACUUUGUCCUGUCAUUUCAUUAUCUCACCGCUUUUCUCAUUGUCUCUGUAAAUAUAAUACAUAUAGAAUGAAUAUCAUUCGCUUCAUGACUAAAUUAUUAUGUUUUUCUUUCAUUUCUUCCUAUUCUUCUUCUUCUUCUUUUUAUUGUUGUUUGUCACCAACGCUUUUUUGCUGCAUAUUAUACCUGAUUCUGUAAAUAUUCGCCUAUCUAUAUGUCUAUUGUAUCCCGGUUAAUCUUGUUUUCUUUUUUUUUUUAUUUUAUUUUGAGCUUGUUUUCCAAAGUGUAUGUCUCUUUAUUUAAUUCUUAUGAGUAUUUUAAUAACAUAUAUAUAAAUCCAUUUGAUUUAUUAUGAUAAUUUUGUUCUAAAGUUGAUUUUAUUUGUUGCC